AUGGCCGACCCCGCCGUCGCGGCCCUCAACUCCCUGCUCCGCACGGCGAGCAUCGAGGAUCACGAGGAGGCCCUCCGGCUCGCAAACUCGGCCAUCAAGGCUUCCAAGGCCGGCUCCGCCGAGCAGCUCCUCGCCCACCACACCAAAGUCGUCAGCCUCCUCAAGCUCGACCGUUUCGAAGACUCGCUGCGCGCCCUCGCCGCCGCCGGCACCAAGCUCGAGGAGCAAUGCCUGCUAGAGAAGACCUAUGCGCUGUACAAGACGGGGCAAUUGGACGACGCCGAGGCCCUUCUCGGGUCAGCACCCCGUUCCUCGAGAGCUCUCCAACACGUCGCCGCCCAGGUGGCUUACCGUGCGGAUAACUUCGCCCAUGCCGCCACCAUAUAUCGAGAGCUGGCCGCAGCCUCAGACGGGGCCCGGUACGGUGAGGAGAACGACCUUCGUAUCAACACCCAGGCGACAAAUGCCCAGCUCGAGUGGCAGGGCAACGGCCAUCUCGUACCCGAGAACCAGCGACAACCCGGACGGGACGAGCUGGAGGCGUUCGAGACGGCCUACAACGCCGCCUGCGGGUGCAUCGCGAGGGGAGAUUUUGCCAAGGCGGCUGUUUUGUUGAAGAGAUCCAAGGGUCUCUGCGAGGCGUCCGAGGACCUGGCCGACGAAGAGAAGCGAAUAGAGCUUGUCCCCAUCAUUGUGCAGCAGGCCUACGUCUCUGCCAAGUUGGGCAGGUUGGACGAGGCGGCUAGUCUGCAGAAGUCGAUUUCGUUGUCGGAGGUGCCGGAUGCCUCGACCAGGGCUCUGGCGCAUAACAACUCUCUUGUUCUGAAAGCUGAGAGCAAUCCUUUCAUGGUCCAGCGACUCGCACAGCUGGCACCCACAGUAACCGACGACGACCGGCUGUUUGGAUAUCAGGCAUCUGUGCUGAGGCGAAACAAGUAUAUCAUCGAGCUGCAAGCCCAGAAAUUCUCGGGUGUUAAGCGGACCACGGCCAACAUAAUGGCUAACGAAAGCACUUCGGCAAUCUCGGCCGACAAGGCCGGCCUCGGCGUCCUCCAUGCUGGCGCACACGCUGAGCUGCAGACCGGGAAGGACGCCCUCCGCCGUAUCCUCCCGCUUCUCGACUCGAGACCAGACGAUGUUGGUCUGCUCCUGACCAUAAUCCAGCUCUACGUCCAGACGAAGAACCCCGGCGCGGCGCUCUCCCUCCUCGAGGCCUUCUUCAAGCGCCUCGAAACCGCCACGACGCCCGACCACGCCGACGUCCGCUACGCGCCGGGCCUCGUCGCCCUCGCCGUCUCCCUGUACCGCCUGCAGGGCCGCCCCGCCGCGAUCCGCACGGAGCUCGCCAAGGCCGCUGCGCACUGGGAGGAGCGGCAGGACUCCUCCUCCUCCUCCUCCUCGACGCCCGGCUCCUCGGCGACGUCGCUCCUGCGCGAGGCCGGCAUCGAGCUCCUCGGCUCCCCCAACCCGUCCGACCUCGCCGUCGCCGGCGCCGCCUUCGACCGCCUCCUCGCCGGCGCCGGCGCCUCCCGCGCCGCCACCGCGGGCCUGGUCGCCUCCUUCGCGACCCGCGACUUCGCCCGCGCCGAGCCCCACCUGUCCUCGCUGACCCGCGUCGAUGAGCUCGCCGCCGGCGUCGACGUCGCCACCCUCCUCGGCCGCGGCGUCGCCACCCUCCCCGUCGCAGCAGCCGCGACCUCCGCGAAGCGCGCCCGCACCUCCGACGAGGGCGAGGGCGAGGGCGAUGCAGCAGCAGCAGCGGCAGGGGCCCCAGCAGCAAAGAGGCAGAAGAAGGCCCGCCGCCCCCGGCUGCCCAAGGACUACGACCCGUCGCGCAAGCCCGACCCGGAGCGGUGGCUGCCGCUGCGCGACCGGAGCACGUACCGGCCCAAGGGCCGCAAGGGCCGCAAGCGCGCCGCCGAGGCGACGCAGGGCGGCGGCGUCGGCGUCGCCGGCCAGGAGACCCUGGAGCUGGUGGGCGGGGCCGGCGCCGUCAGGGUCGAGAGGGCCGGCGCCGCUGGCGGGGCGGGAGGGGCCGCCGGGAAGGGGAAGAAGAAGAAGGGGAAGAAAUAG